CUUACGAUCUCUCUACGUCAACAUCCCAUCCAACAAUACCAAGAUGUCUUAUCAAGUCGAGGUCCCAACCGCCGACACUAUCGUCGUAGUGUCGACUGAUCGCAAAUACAAGCUGCAUUCCGCCCAGCUCGUCCAGUGUAGCAGCAGAUUCGCCGAGAUGCUCCAGACCGCCGGACCUAACCUCUCUCGUGAAGGACUAAAGCAGGGCACUCGUUACAUGCUCUGUCUUCAAGACUUCGAUGAGACUAGCACCAGACCCAUCAAGCCUGUCUUUAGACGUAUCCCUAUCGAUAAGGAUGGCAAGCCUACCAAGAAAGUCACCAUGAUGCAUGAGGGCGAUAAAGCCUACCGCUUUCGUCCCAGCCUGUUCUCCGACUAUGACAGACUGCUUCGGAGUAUCGCUAACCAGCCCAUCGUCUUGAACGACAAGAGCAUCGAGACUGUGCUUCCUGACGCUAUGGGCCUCAUUGAGGUUGCUGAAUACCUUGGCUCUAUUCCCAUGGUCGCAAAGGUCAUCGAAAACUACCUCCUCGCUAGAGGUCAAGACUUCUUCAAGGCCAUCUCUAUCGACCCUAUCAUCUGGAUCGAUGUCGCCUACCGCAUCGAGUCGAAGGUCAUGUUCAAGGAAGCCCUCAUCCACCUGGUCGGCAAGUACAACCUUCUACUCAGCACACCUCCCACCGCUGCUAUCCUGAGAAGAAACCCCAAAGCCCGCUCUAUGCUCGACCAGCUUAACGUGGAGCUCCGUGACCUUGUCGAGAGCAAGCACGAGAUCAUCAAGAAGCAGUGCCAGCAGAUUGAGGUUGCUAUCAGCACCCACUACCCCUCCGGUCUGCAGAAGUCGGAAGUCACCGGUCGCGCCGACCGUGACGGCAUUGGUAGACAAGAGUACGGACGCGACGUCUUCAGCUGGAUCGGAGUCGCUCUCUAUCGCCACUGGUGGGGACAAACUCUCGCCAACGAUGGUACCCACAACAACCAGUUCGGCGGUCAAGAUAUCUACGCCCGUCUUCACAAGGGCGGUUCAGCCUAUCUUACUCGUGAGCUCACCGCCGGCUUCAACACUCACUUCCCCAUGAGCGUCAAGGGUAAGAGCGUGCUCGCCAACAACCUUGACAUCAUCAAGGUCGGUGUCUCUGCUAUCGUUGCACCUCUGAUGGUCAACGAGAGUCAGCUUGAUAUCGCCAGCUCUCCCAUCAAGUGGCUCACCUGCACCAAGGUCAUGGGCGCUGACUACCUCUGGGAGCCUGAACCUGAGCCCGAGCUUGAACCUGAGCUUGAGCCUGAGGUUGAGUCGUACAGUGGCAAGGGCAAGAGACGUGCCGAGGAGGCCUUUGACGACGAAGACGAGGAAGCCGAGGAGGCUGACGAUGAGGAGGACGAAGAGACUUGA